UACGAGGCCCUUGGUAUUGCUUCGACUGCGACAACGACACAAAUCAUCAAGGCUUAUCGCAAGAAGGCCUUAACCUGCCACCCAGACAAGGUUACGCCAGAGCUCCAGGAGGCUGCCGCCCGGAUGUUCAAGAUCAUAUCAGAGGCGUAUGACAUCCUCAAAGACGAUGCCCGACGAGCAGACUACGACCGC